UUGGCGUAUGCACAACAACAAAUAACGGAAUCUCCCCCGCCGCCAGAUAUUCUCCAGUGUUUGGGCAUCUCUGCUGUGAGCACUGCACACAUUUGGGAACUAUUGGGUAGCAGCAGGGGAAAGAUGUUAGCAGAGAGAAAACCUAGUUGGAAGUGUUUUCGAAGCAGGCCGCUGCACGUGCUUUCUGCCUCGCUGGUAAAUCAAAUGCCCGCCCAGAGACGUAUGUCUGCCGCCGGGACUGACUGAGUAUUACUUUGACUUGCAGAAUAACUUGUAGAACUGGACUUCGAAUAAACUGCGGUCCGAAGUUCGGGUUACACGUAAGCUCCCAGUCUGUAAACAGGGCCAGUGCGAGCUGACCAUGGAGGGUGGUGGAAUGGUUUGAGGACAAGCAGGAAAGAAGUGUUCACCAUGGGGAGCCACAGGAACGGUUUUACUAAGGAGAGUUUCAUUUUGUCUGUGGAUGUCGGGACUACUUCGAUCAGAUGUCAUGUCUAUGACAAGGAGGCAGAAAUCCGAGGGUCAUGCUCCACCAUGGUGGUCCCCUUGUAUCCAGAGGUAGGACAUGUGGAAAUGGACCCAGAAGCAAUAUGGGAAGGGUUUAUCACUGUGGUCAAGGGAGCUGUGCAAGAUGCCGGAGUUCACAUGCGUCAGAUAGAGGCCCUGGGCAUCUCAACUCAAAGAGCCACUUUCACAACAUGGGACCGGAGAACGGGAAUUCCUUUCCACAACUUCAUCAGCUGGCAGGAUCAGAGAGCUGCAGAUUUGGUGAAGUCCUGGAACAGAUCCUGCACAAUGACGGCCAUCCAGGGCGUGAUGAAGGUGCUCUACUUCUUCACUAGACAGAAACGGUUGCUGUCAGCAAGUCGUCUCGUCUUCUCCCCUCAACAUGUAACCUUCCGCCUCGUCUGGGCCCUCACACACUACAAGCAGGUUCGUCAGGCGGCAACUAAAGGCAACUGCUGCUUUGGAACAAUCGACACCUGGCUGCUGUUCAAACUCACCAAAGGGAAAGUCCAUGCCACAGAUUACUCCAAUGCCAGUUCUACAGGAAUUUUCGAUGCCUACCAGAUGUGUUGGAGUGGCUUUCUCAGCUCUAUGGUUUCUAUACCUCUCUCUAUUUUCCCCAAAGUAGAAAACACUAGCUAUGACUUUGGAUACACAGACCCGUCCAUAUUCGGUCUGCCCAUCCCCAUCAUGUCAGUGAUAGCGGACCAGCAGGCAGCCAUGUUUGGAGAGUGCUGCUUUGAUGUUGGUGAUGUCAAGAUCACCAUGGGAACCGGCACCUUCGUGGACAUCAACACCGGGAAUACACCACAUACAUCGUCAGCAGGUCUGUAUCCUCUGGUGGGAUGGAAGAUCGGCUCAGAGGUGGUGUACCUGGCCGAGGGCAAUGCAGCGGACACAGGCACCGCCAUCAAAUGGGCUCAGGAGCUGGAGCUCUUCUCUGACGUCCAGGAGACCAGCGACAUGGCUUACAGUGUCAGUGACUCAGACGGAGUGUGCUUCGUUCCCUCCUUCAACGGCCUGCAGGCUCCUCUGAAUGAUCCCAAAGCCUGUGCCUCCCUCAUGGGCCUCAAACAAUCCACCACUAAGAGUCAUCUGAUCCGAGCCAUUCUGGAGUCUGUGGCCUUCAGGAACAAGCAGCUAUAUGACACAACCCUGAGGGAAACUCAUAUUCCCAUCACAAAGAUCAGGGUGGAUGGCGGCGUUUCCACCAACAACUUCGUCAUGCAGCUGACUGCAGACCUGUUUGGCAGAAAGGUAUCCCGACCCCACCACUACGAAAUGUCGUGCUUAGGGGCCGCUUUCGUCGCUGGACUUGGAGUCGGCUAUUGGAGCAGCAGAGAGGAGCUGAAGAAGCUGCAAAGAGCUGACGAUGCGUUCCUGCCCAAAGGGGUUCCCAACGGCAGUGCCUCCAGCCCGAGUCGGGAGUACGUCCCCGUCAUCCAGAGCUGGGAGAAGGCUCUCAGGCGCUCCAUGAACUGGUACAAGCCGUGACCCGGACGCACACAGAGAGAGGGCGGUCCAGAGUCUGAACAAGUAGGAUAUCCAUACAUGAGUUUUUAGACUCCAAUUGAACCUUAUCCUUGUACUCAUUCCUCACCUCAAGCCACUGGUGCCUCUUUAUAUUGCAGUUUUUUUAUCAAGCUUGGAUAAUAUUUGUACAUGUUGACUGCCACAUGGGGGCGCUAAUGACUCUGUCUUGUAGCUUUUUCUUUUAUGAACAGCCAUAGCAACAACAUGCCACACAAUAUGGAUUGAAAUCACAUUCACACAUGAUGCUCACUUAAUAGGAAGCAGGAAUUUAGAAUAAAGAAAAACACUUAUUAGUUAAAAAUCCCUUUUCCUUCUUGUCUUCACAGCAUUUAGGCUUUGUUGAUCGAUAAGUAGUCAACUAUAAAUGACUUUAAACAACUUAUUUAAAUAUCUUUAUCUCAAAAUCGUACAAAUUAACUAAUAUGAUUACCUUUUAUCAGCUUCUCAAAUGUGAGCAUUUUUUGAUUACUGUGACAGUAAACUGAAUAUGUUUUAGUUGUGGACCAAACGAGACAUUUGAGGGUUUCUUCUUGGGCUUUGAGAAAUAAUAAUCAACAUUUAUCACCAUUUUCUGAUAGAUUAUAAGCAAUGGAAAAACGUGCAGCUCUACAAGACAUGUAAAAUGUUAGUGUCACUAGAAGAAACAUCCACAUGUCCUUAAAUCAGAAGCAGCUUCAUGUUUACCUUUAUACAUUCUAGCUGCUCGCUUUACACAGUACGUGAACUUAUAUUGUAUCUAAAAACUAUGUUUAUAUGUGAUGAUGAUAUUUUUUAAAUGUGACUGGAACAAAAUCUAAUUGUCUGUGCUUUGCUCUGUGGAGGGAAAUCCUGCAGGCUUUUACUACUUACACUGGAAAGGAAAACAAUUUUGCAAAAUGUGGCCGUUAGAGGGAUCUGAUUAGAAAAUGUAGCUUUGCUGUAGUAGCAUUGUCUCACACAGAAAUAUUAAAUGAAAGGCUCAUGGGUAGUUCAAAUUAACUGGGGGAUAUCAAAUAUUAACUUGCUUACAACAUAAAAUAGGAUACAUUACAUGUCAUUUUUACAUAAAGUGUAUUUCUUGUCAAUCCAUGUUUUGUAACCCCUUAUUUUCAGGUAUUAUUGUUGAGUUCCUCCCCGGGGGGAAGCCAUGUUAAUGUCAUGUGAUGUUUUGACUCAAGUAUUUAACUUGACCUGAUGAACUAAGAUGACAAAGUUACACAUUCUAAUCGUCUUAUAGAAUAAAAAUGCUAACAAAUAACAUAA